AUGAUCAAGUUCUUGGGGAAAGUUACACAACCAUCAAUUGACCAGAGCAUUGUUGGAGAAGGCAAUGCUAGCGUCGCAGAAUGCAUCCAGGGUUGUUAUAAAAGUGGCACUUGCGUCAUCGCUUAUGUAGAUGCAAAUCAACAAUGCAGGUUCUUUAAUUAUAAACCUGGAAAUACUAUUAUUGUUGAAGAAGCAGGUGAAGAAGUUGUUGCAUUCAAGGCCGAUCUAGAUGUUUCUUCUUGCCCGCCGCUUUAUAAGGAGUUAUCAAGCGAUAUGAUGACUGGAUUUUCCACUAUGAAAUGGACAAAAGUUGACAACGGAUGGAUCAUUAAUAUGUGA